AUGGCAUCCACGGGCAUGCAGAUAUUUGGAUUUGUCCUAGCGCUGUUGGGCAUCAUGGGUGCUAUGGUGGCCACCGUGCUGCCCAACUGGAAGGUUAGCGCAGAUGUGGGCUCCAACAUCAUCACAGCAAUCUCCCAGAUGCAGGGACUGUGGAUGGACUGCACAUGGUACAGCACAGGCAUGUUCAGCUGCACACUUAAGUAUUCGGUGCUUUCACUACCUGCGUACUUGCAGACUGCCCGCACCACCAUGGUGCUGUGCUGUGUGCUGGCUGCCAUGGGCCUCUGCCUUGCCACCCUAGGACUAAAAUGCACACGUUGGGGGGGUGGACGGCGCUCCAAGCGACACGCUGCAAUUGCCAGUGGAGGCUGCUUUGUCGCUGCAGGCUUUCUGUGUCUGGUGCCUGCUUCCUGGUUUACCAAUGAGGUCAUCACCAACUUCCUGGACUCCAGUGUGCCCGAGAGCAAUAAGUUUGAGCCUGGGGGCGCUGUGUACGUGGCCUUUAUUUCCGCAGGAUUCCUUUUUGUUGGGGGGUCCAUCUUCUGUAUGUCCUGCUCAGGAAAGAGGCAUGGCCCCCAGGACCUGGUCCUGCUCCCUCCCCCUGACAAACUGCUGCUCCAGCAGCAGCAGCAACAGCUGCUCCAGCAGCAGCAGGAGCUCCAGCACCAGUACUGCUCUCUCUCCCCAUUAGACAAUAAGACUGGCUACAGCCUGCAGGACUAUGUGUAAUAAAGCAGCGCCGUGUAUGCUAUGGCUAAAGGGAGAUGAGCCCGAGGGGAAACCAUCACGGCUUAUGCUACACACUAGGCUCUACUCCAGAUGGAGGUGGAGAAAAAAUGAGGGAGGAGGGUGACAACUUUGAAUUCAUUUUCCCCUUCUCCUCGAUCUGGCUCUUCUCCUUUUCUCUGUUUUGCAAGCACAAACAGUGGAGGUAUUCCCUAAGCAGCGCCUUGGAACAAACAGCGUGAAUGUGUAAGGAGCCAGGAUAAGGUGCUGCCGAACUGAAGGAAGCCGCUAACCAAAUGCAGACAUCCUUCAUCAGUAAAUCAUAGAAAGAGUUCCCUGGGGAAUGGAAUAAGCAAAUAAGGAAGGCUUCCGAGUAGAUUUUUUUUCCUUGCCAAAGGUUUGAAUUGAAAGAAAAUUAAAAAAGCAAUCAUUUAGCUGCUAUUUACAAUCAUUUGGUACACUCCCAUUUGACAAAAUAGGCAAUACAAUACCUGAGAGCAGUAGAUGGAAGACCUCUCACAGUAAGCCAUUGUAUCUUUUCGUAUACUUCUCCACUAGAAUGCUAAAUGGAACUGACUGAAAUAAAUGGUCGUAUUUUUGUUAGCUACUAGAAUGAUGUUGACAUUUUGCCUCUAACGCAUGCUGUGUGGAGCCUGUCUGUGUAUUAAUACAGCGGAAUGCCUGGUAGAAGACUGAGACAUAGCCACACAAUGCCUGUGCCUGAAAAGCUGUAGAAACAUUACCCUGCUGUAACUGCUCAUAGAGGACUGUCAGGAGGAAUAGAUGUGGGCUGCUGGGCUGGAUUUGAGACGAAAAUGCAGACAAAGAGAUGCCUGCUUCUCUCUCUGCAGGUGGAAAUAUGAGAAAGAUGGAGAGAAAAUUGAUUGAAAGAUUCAGUCCUUAGGCAGAGUGGACCAUCUGAUAUGCUGCUUUCAUAUUUCCAUUCCGACAAAAACAUCCUGUCUGUAAGUAGCAGCUACCAAUCCCAAUCCAUUCCUGCACGCCCUCAGACAUGCACACCCACACAUUUACACAUGCUCUUGUGUGUCUUCGUGUACACAGUAAACACUCAGACAUGCCGGCUUUUUUGCAUGUGCUUUUCACUCCUGUCAUCCUCCCCCACACUGCCAUGGAAACAGAAUUCGGCAUUCAAAUAUCUUUAUUGUUUGGGGGUAUGUGCGUGUCAAUCAGUGAUUUGAAGUUGUUUUUUUUUUUCUCUAGCCAUGGCUCCAUAAGCUUUAAUCAGAGCCUCUGCUCACACUACUUUCACUAAUCCCCUUUAUUAGACAGUGACAUGAGGCAGCAUCCCGGUCAGGCGGUUUUGGAAAAUGCUUCUUCUUCUCUGCUAUUGUGUCUAUACCAUGCAAGUAGUCUCAUAGGGGUGAGCAGAUGUUUAAUGGUGCAGUG